GGGAUUGUGUGGUACAGGACAGAGUUGAACAGAGACCUGACACCCAUUACUAACUUACAUCGAUAGUACAAACUAGUGUGUCUAGAGUCAUAGUGUUUUAUAUAUAUUGGAAAUACUAAAUACGAUUAUUUCUGGGUGUGUGUUUAUGCUAUGACCAGGAGAUGACAGUGUGGCUAAUGCUUGCUGUCAAACGAGUAGAUUUUGUUUUAAAACAAAAUGAAAAGACCAGAUAUUAAAACGUGAACAAGUUCAAAGACAAGUUAAGUGAUUCGAAUCUUGUUACAUAAAUCGAACAUACUAUUUUCUUGCUUUAGAUUUGACUUUUAAUUGGGUUGUAAAUGGCUGCCGUCCACCAGAAGCCACUCGAACUUGCCAUUGCUGUGGUGUUUGUUUUGUCCAUUUGUUUUUAUUCGAGUGAAAGUCUUGUACAUGAAAUAAAUAAAGGCUCACUUAAAAAGUUUCUCCAGGGCAAACUUUUUGUUUUGACAUUCGUUGAUUCACCGACAUGCUCCAGAUGUCGAGUCUUGUUUCCUUUCUACGUACAGGCCUCACAGAUCUUUCCUCAUGACCCGGAGAUUUUCUUUACACGAACUCACGACAAGAAUCUGAUGAUGGAUUGGGGAGUUACAGAGUUACCUGCCUUAAUCUACCACAGAGAUGGAAUAUCUAAUUACGAAGUUAUGCCAGUUGACAUCACCGUAGAUGACAUCAUGGACCAGAUAGCCAGAGUCCUACAGGGAAACUUCGCGGGCUUGAGCCGCUCCUAUACCGCCCACUUGAAUGAUAAAAACUACGACGAGUUGAUUGUGACGCCAAAACAAAACGUCCUGUUGCUGAUCUAUUCCAAACCUAAAGAAGAGAAAGAAGUUAUUGACACUUUUGAGAAAGUCGCUUACGCCUUCCGUAAAGAUGACGCGAUUCUGUUUGCUACAUUGGAUGCCAAGAAGUACGGGCUGUUACGUGACCAAAAAUUUAAAACUAGGGAGACUCCAGCUGUGAUAUGGAUGGGACAGAAUGAAAAGUCGGCACCCAAACGUUUUGGAGGCGUUCUCUCUGACGAGGUGUUGGUCCAAUUUGUCAACGAAAGAACCGGUCUGAACAGAGACCAGGAUGGAUCAAUGCUGGCAGACGCCGGAAGGUUGCCAGAAGCAGACGACAUUAUACAAAACAAUUUUGAAGGUCUGGCUGAAGGUCAACAAGACGUUUUUAAAAACGUUACCAACGAGUUGACCAAGCUGAGAGACUCUCUGGACCCACGUCAGCAAGAGUUAGUGGAGUUCUAUCAGUACAUCAUAGACAGUAUCGCCAUAUCAGGUCGUGUGACUGUGGUGAACGAUCUGAUUCAUGGUAUUGAGGACACUCUGUUUGGACAUCAAGAGACCUCCACCAAGACAGAGGAAAACUUGAAGAGACAGAGGAACAUUCUCAUCUUUUUUAAGAACUUGGACAAACUUUACGCUGAGGAAAAGAAGACAAGACCAAAAGAUGCCAAGAAGUCGCAGCCGAAAGAGCAACAGUUGAAAGAAGAAGACAAAGCUGACACGGUCAUCUUGCACAAACACGUGCACACAGAGUUGUGAUCGGACACACUGACCGGAAGACUUGGCCUGCUUUUUAGUGUCUUGUGUUUAACGUUGUGUCUGGAGUCGCUACUGUCUCUUUUCAUGAAGUCUGUCAUGGAUCCUACAUUUGUGUGAAGUCUGUUGAGUGUCCUACACUUGUGUGGAGUCUGUUAAAUGUCAUACACAUAUGUGUCCUUUUUGUUUUGUCUUUCCUUUUCAUUCUGACGUCUGUCAGCCAGCCUGCAGAUGUGAAAGAACUGAAGUACGUUACAGUUCAGAUCAUUUUAGCUCGUGGUUGGCCUUGACAUUUUUAUCGAACAACUUUUUCUUUCCAUUUCUUCCAGAAUCUUGGUUUCAUGAAGGAACUUAAAAUAGUCAACGAUUCAAUGCUCAUUAGACACUUAAUCUAAUUGUUUUUGCGGGAUUGAAUGUUAUAAAAUUAUAUAUUUAGGAUUCAUUCUGUUAGAAUUUUUUUUUUACAUUUACAUAAUAUUUCACUUAAUUGUACGUUUCUCUGUGUAUUGGGUCCACCAUACAUUAAAUUCGUAGUUUUGUCUCUCCAGGUCUCCUUAGAUUCCACGAAAUCAGAUGAAUUCAGUCCCUCCCUUUACAUAGCAGCCAACGCCCAAUCUCCUCCCUUUUAAAUCAAUGACAUGAAUAGUUAUUUGGUUUAUUCUCACACUACCAGGAUCCAGUGUUUUUUUUAAAUAAAGCAAUGUAGUUGUAGAAUAGUACACCAACAGGGAACAUUUAGGACUUCUUAAAGUCACAGGUCUACAGCAUUCAGUAAGUUUUCUUAAGUCCCAAUCCCCCCCCCCCAUGGUUACUGUCAGGUCAAGUGUAGUCCACCUUGUGGGGAAAUCACUUGAGAACAGUCAUUUUCUUGAUAAAUGUAUUGUAAGUAUUUCCAGUAAAAAUAAAACUAAACACUUCCGCACUUUGGAAGAUGAUAGAUAAAUAGAGAAAAUAAAUAAAUAGAUAAAUAAAUAAAUAGAUAGAUAUAGGUGUUGUGUAUGUUUUUGUUUUAAGGCUGAAUGAAAGACUUAUGCUAAAUUUAUUUUGACGAGUUUCACAGAUUGAUGUUGUCAUUCUGGUGUCAUAUUGUAUGACACAUGACAGAGACAACUAAAAUGUUCCAUUAUCUUUUACGAUGCGAUUGUUUUGUUACGAUAGUCGUAUAAAUAAAAUAUAUACAAACAUU